CUCUAAUCCCAUUCCUGAAAGGGCAAAUGAAGCUGGCCCAAAUGAGCUUCGCCAUGUUCGGUGCCGUCUCGCCGUCUAUGGAGGAGAAGCCGAAGCUCGACGCCAGCCCAGUGCCUGAAGAUGGCAGCACUUCGCCCCGUUCCGACGCCGGACGCCAGGCAAGAAACAUCAGCCAAGCUGAAAUUAGAGUCGGCGAUGCCUCAGUACGACGGCACGUUUGAGGACUACCUGGAGAUGUUCAUCCAGUUCGGCUACGUCAUCCUGUUCUCGUCGGCCUUCCCGCUGGCCGCCUUCUGCGCCCUGCUCAACAACGUGAUUGAGAUUCGCAGCGACGCCUUCAAGCUAUGCGCCAUCUUCCAGCGGCCGUUCGGCCAGAGGGCGCGCAACAUCGGCACGUGGCAGGACGCCAUGGAGGUGAUGGGCGUGGUGGGCGUGAUCGUCAACUGCGCGCUGAUCGGCAUGUCGGGCCCCGUGCACCGGCUCUUCCCCGACAUUUCCACCACGCAGACUGUGCUGCUGGUCAUCGUGCUGGAUCACGCGCUGCUGCUGCUGAAGCUGCUGGUGGCCUACGCCAUCCCGGACACGCCGGCUUGGCUGCAGGCCGAGAUCGCCAAGAUCGAGUUCAACAGACGCGAGGUCCACAAGCGCUCGCUGUCGUUCGGGGUCCAGCUUCUCGUCGGUGGACUCGAGUCCGCAGCACCGCGGUACAAGCUCAGCUUCGACCAGUGGCGGGAAGGCGUCGCGGCGGCGGCGGCGGCGCGGCCCGAGCUGUCGCGGCGACUGACGGAAGAGGUGGAGGAGACGCCGCCGCAGCCGGCUAUGGGCGAGUUGAGUGUGCUGGACCCGGACCAGCUGGUGCUGCUGUCCGACAUCCAGAACAACGACCCGCAGGCUUGA